GUCUGAUCAUUCCCGUCAAUGAUUCUACUGUCACAGAGUUUGUCUUCCUGGGUCAUUCCAAUUCUCGGCCAAUCCAGCUUCUUCUCUUUGUAUUGGCCUUGGCUGCUUAUACAACAUGCCUAAUGGGCAACCUUUUCAUUGUAGUUACAGUACAUGGAGAACCCCACCUCUAUCAGUCACCCAUGUACUUCUUCUUGGCCAACUUGUCUAUGUUUGAUAUCUUUUUGAGCUCACUGGCUACACCCAAGCUUUUAACAGAUUUAGUGACCUGUAGCAGGACCAUCAGCUUUAUGGGCUGUAUGAUCCAAAUCUUCUUUAUCCACUUCAUUGGGGGCUCUGAGAUGCUCCUUGUAACCCUCAUGGCUUAUGAUCGUUACAUGGCCAUCUGCCACCCUUUGACAUACAUGGCCAGUAUGAACCGUCCAUGUUGCAUCAAACUUCUUACCUCCUGUUGGGCUGGAGGCCUCAUUCACACCACCACCCAGAUGGUUUUGCUUCUCCGGCUCCCAUUCUGUGGUCCAAACACACUGGACAAUUUUCACUGUGACCUCCCACAGGUGAUUAAGCUGGCUUGUGUAGACACUUAUAUCACUGAGCUGCUUGUUGUGGCCAAUAGUGGCCUACUUUCCCUUGUAUGCUUUCUUGCCUUGCUUGUUUCCUAUGGUAUCAUUGUUGGCAGCCUUCAAGGCCACUUCAGAGAGAGUGGAGGCAAAGCCCUGGCCACCUGCAGCUCCCACCUAAUUGUGGUUUUCAUCAGCUUUGUGCCCUGCAUCUUUGUUUAUUUAGUGCCUUUCUCCAGGUCUCACAUGGACAAGGUGGCUUCUGUGUUCUACACACUAAUCGUACCUUCCCUCAACCCAAUCAUAUAUACCCUGAGGAACCGAGACAUGAGUAAUGCAAUGGGGAGGUUAAAGAAGAGGUGUCUUUUCUUACAUUUUUCUCGGAAAGUGGAGCAACCAUGA